AUGGCCACUAAAACUCACAAAGCUGUGGUAACAGCCUCCAUCCGCGGGGCCCUCGAAAUCCUUGAAGUUCCUACCGUCGCGCCUGGAGCAGGGGAGGUCCUUGUCAGGGUUGAGUGGACAGCGAGCACGCCGCUGGAUUUACAUCAGAAUGAUGGAGGGUUGUUGGUUACGCAUCCCCAGGUGCUGGGAGAUGGAACUUCCGGGACUGUCGUGGAGGUAGGGGAUGGAGUGAAGAAGUUGCAGGUUGGUGAUAAGGUUUUUGGAUUCACCUGGCGUGAGCAAAAGGAGAAAUCACACCAAGAAUACGUCACUGUACCAGAAUACCUCCUUGGAAAGAUUCCUCAAGGUUUCACUCCUCAAGAAGCUGUAACCCUCCCUAACAACGUCGUCAGCAGCUUUCAUGCCCUGACCAAAGACCUCUCUAUCCCACUACCUUGGCCCAUCCUCCCCUCCACGCCCAAACCAGAACACUCCAACUCACCCAUCCUAAUCUGGGGAGGUUCUUCCUCCGUCGGUCAAUAUGCCCUACAAAUCCUAAGACACUGGGGGUACAGCAAUCUAAUAACCACGUCAUCCCCCAGCCACAACACGCUCCUGAAAUCCCUCGGUGCUACGCAAGUCUUUGAUUACCGCUCUCCAGAUUGCAUUCCUUCCAUCCUGGACUCCGUUUCUAGUUCUGGGGGCUUAAAAUUCGUGCUAGAUUGCAUCGGAAGCCAGGACGGUAGUUUGACCCCGAUUUCUAAACUUGUGGGGAAAGGGGCCAGGGUGGCGGUUUUGUUGCCGGUUAUUGUGAGGGAUGGUAGUGAGACGGUCGAGCCAAUUUACGCCUUAGAUGCCAAGGAGGCGGUGGAGUGGGCGGACGGGGUCGAUGUUAGAGGGGUGCGAACACAUUUUUAUCUAGAGAAUGAGGUAUUCAAAGAACGUCUCCAACCAGAGAUUAUGCCAACUUUGCUAGCGGAGGGAAUUAUCAAGCCAAAUAAGUACCGUGUCGUUGAAGGGACUACUCUGCUCGAGAGAGCACAGGCAGCGCUGGAUGCCUUGAGACGGAAGGAAGUGAGUGGUGAAAGAUUGGUGUGGAAAGUGGCGGAGUAA